UAUCUAUGAGGGUUCACCCACCCCGGUGACAGCAUUCCUUUCUAUUGCGCCUAAAAUCUCUAUUUUUGUGCAAAUAUGUCACGUGUUUCUAUUGUUGCUUCCUAUGGGGGUACAUUACAACAAAUCUUCUUUUUCUGCAGCAUUGCUUCUAUGAUCUUAGGAGCACUGGCCGCCAUGGCCCAAACGAAAGUCAAAAGACCUCUAGCUCAUAGUUCGAUUGGACAUGUAGGUUAUAUUCGUACUGGUUUCUCAUGUGGAACCAUAGAAGGAAUUCAAUCACUACUAAUUGGUAUAUUUGUUUAUGCAUCAAUGAGGAUAGAUGCAUUCGCCAUAGUUCCAGCAUUACGGCAAACCCGUGUCCAAUAUAUAGCGGAUUUGGGCGCUCUAGCCAAAACGAAUCCUAUUUCGGCUAUGACCUUCUCCAUUACAAUGUUCUCAUACGCAGGAAUACCCCCGUUAGCCGGAUUUUGUAGCAAAUUCUAUUUGUUCUUCGCUACUUUGGGUUGUGGGGCUUACUUCCUAGCCCCAGUGGGAGUAGUGACUAGCGUUAUAGGUCGUUGGGCGGCCGGAAGGUUGCCAUGAGUAAGGUUGGGAGACCGAAGGCAGUUUUCCGUGCACCGGACACGUAGCUUACCGAAUCAGUUGCAACACAAAUGGGAAUGCAUGCUACGAAAGACAGGGUCGAGUCUGAUACAUCAACCAUCGACUCCAUAUCCUUGUACGAGUCCACAAUCAUAACACGAGAUGAACCUGGGUUUGGUGAAUGGAAGUUGGCCUUAGGUGUAAUAGGACUCCCAGUUACUGCGCGCGAUCGUAUACUGAGGUGCUCCCCGUCGGUUGUUGGAACGACGCGAGCUGGGCCGGGCCUCGAUUCCUUUCAAAAAGAUGAAGGGACAGAGGUGACUAAUUCCCCAUCUCAUUUGGGGCGGAAAACGAAUCGACAUCUCGAUGUGAUACAACCCUUUCCAUUUUCGUUGGGAAAGAACGGCGAAGUCCAUCCGAACCCUCCAAUGAAGAAAUAAGAGGAGAGCAAAGCGCCAAUGGCGCGCGAAGCGCAUGCGGAAGGGGCACGGAGAAAUAAAGAAGUUUGGGGGAGAAGCAGCCGAGCUCAUUCCCUUCGCUUCCUGGGCCCAAAGCAGUGCUUUGUUUCCUGGCCAAAUCAAGGAUUUGGGGCUGAUUGCAAAAGAUA